AUGAAGUAUCAGCAGCAAAAUGAAUGGUCUAGGACAAGUUUAGACACGCGGAGAGGACAAACUAUCCACCAAAAAUCCCAGGAAAGCAUAGAACCGAGAGUGGAAUCGGAGAAUUAUACACCAGAGAGCCUUAUUACGGGCAGUCAUGCAGGCCCAGUUCUCACAGUCAGGUCGGUCGGGGACAAAAAGCCACGAACGGGACGCGACGCAUUCCUUGGGGAACCUGAAGGAAUCCCUCUCAACCUCGAUAAGCUAGGUCCUGUUGAUCACAUCUUUCUUCUCGACCAUCUUAUCGGCAUAGUCUGCGAGAGGUUUCAAGAGCGUUAUGGGCAGAGUCUUGCAAGCCUGCGAGGGCUAGGUGGAAUGCCCGAAACUUCAAGCAAUUCCGGUGUAUACAUGCAUAUUCUUUGGAGACAGAAUGACCCUGAGCGAGUCUGGCUAUACGUUGGACAGGCUUCCAAGCUUCUGGAGCGUAUAGCAUGCCAUAAUGAUCCAUGGUAUCGUCGAACUCGUCCGAGUCUUCACUAUCAUGUCUGGGGCGCGUAUGAGGACAUCAGGUCAACGUUUGUGACUCUAAUAUCGCGUGAUUCGAUUACAUGUGAGGCAGAUCGGUGCCUACUGAAUAUCCAGGAGAUGUGGAUGGCUUGUCUGUUCCAGACGCUCACGCCCAAACAUUUGGAUGAAUACCUUCCUCCGACUGCUAGGAAGCUAUGGUCUGGUCGGCAUCUAAAUGUUGUGCCUCCAAUAUGGCAGGGGUUUACUGGAGAUAAUCACGUUUCUGCCGAAGCCGCUGGGGGUAGGCAGACUUUUAGUGAUUUGAUUCUGUCCCCGGAUCCAGCAAUACGUGAAUGGGCAAGAGAUAUGAGGGAUACCUUCAAUGAGCUUCGGAACUCGCCGGAUCCUCUUCUGCGUGAGUACUACUACCUUAAUAUGUUCCGCAACAGAAAACUGGCAGAAGAAGCCAUCGUGAAACGAAAAUUAAACAAUGUCCAAAAAUAUCUCUCAAUGGGGGUAUGGAGAACAAUUACUGGCUCAGAUAGUUCACAGGGGGCGCACCUCAUAACUUGCAGCAAUUUCAUUUUCACAGUUUCCCGGCAUUUGCAGCUUGGGGUCCAUGUCGGUGAUAGGGUCCAGAUGCAAUUUUAUCUUACUGAGACACCUAAUCCUAGGGCAUACGCCAGGGGUGCACUGCUAACAGAUCCUGCGAGCCGGUUAGCAGUGUCUAUAAAGGGUCGGGGCUCAAGGGGGGAUUUUCAUGUCUGGUUGAGCAACAGGGCAGAACUGGUUGUCAUGAAGAUGAACUCGCUGGUAGAUGCUUUGGAGGGCUUCACUUUGAACGAGUCAAAGACUUUCAGACGACGGUGGUAUGUAAAGAGGGAGCCAGGGUCUUCAGAGAGAACUGUGAUUUAUACAUAGAUGAUGUAUUUCUGUUGGUCAUAAGGAACGAACGCCAGAGGGGGGGGGGGUUGUUUGGUGUCAUGCCUGAUAAGAAACACGUGGUGCUUAUAUCAAAUUUUAAGUACGAGCCUGGAGCUUGGUAUGGAUCUCUGAUGCACCCAGAUAAAUCCCCCGUAGGUUGUAAAAGCAUAGCAGGCCUGUUCCAUCGGAGAGCAUUUGAAAUAUA